CUGGCCAGGAGCGCCGCCUCUCGUCACGGCCCGGUCCGUGUCGGGCACGUGGCCUGCGCGCCCGACAUCCGAGUCGGGCGUCAGCCGGAGCCGGUGCUCUCGGUGCCCCGCAGCUGUCCCCGGCCGCGCACUUGAGAAGGACGAGCGGCGUGUCUCGUCGGCGUCGGCGGCACGUCGGCGUCGGCGGCACGUCGUCGGCGGGUCCUUCAGUGCGCGGAGUCGAACCGUGCCGCCGCGCUGGACUGGUCGGUGCGGCCGUGUCGGUGAUGCUUGGACUGACAGGGAGGUAGAUUUGGUGCUGGUGGUCGAACGAGAGGCGAAGAGGAGACUACACCGUCGCUGUUGUCACCGUCACUAUGGCGCCCACGGUCACAGCGGUGGUCGUGCUGCAGCUGCUGUGCCAGGGCAGGUCGUGGGUGAUCGACGGCCGCUCCGUGCCCGAGGACAGCUCGUACGACUACCACGAGGAGCGGCCGGCGGCCGGCGCCGCUACUGUGCGCCGCUACCUGCUGCACGAACAGCGGCCCAGAACCUACCUCAUGUGCCCCCAACGGUUCGCCAUCGAAAAGAUUGUGUACAGCCUGAUAAAACCGCCUCCCAAAGGUGGUAGAGGAGAUACGACUGCUGGACGAGAAGAAGAGCUUAUUUCAAUGAAGAACUUCACCAUUCAGCAAACGAGCACGCAGGGCGUGCGUUUUCGGUUCGGCAACGAGUUUUGCCUUCACGAUCCGACGCCCGGCGUCAGAAAGAUGGUGCUGGCGGCGGUGACCUGCACCGGUGAUGGCCGGCUGACAGCGCUCUACAGGGACCCCGCUCUUCUGCGGCGCGUCGACCAGGUGGUACACCUGCAGUACCAAUCGCAGCUCGAGGCCGGGGUGCGACACUACCUGGGCACGCACAUCUCGGAGCUGCGCGCGCCCGAGUCGGAGGUGUUUGGCGUCGGCUGCCCGGUCGGCCGGCAGGCGGUGGCGCGCGGGUUCCGCGGCAGCUGUGCCGCCGGCGGCCGGGGUCGCGCCGUGGCGCGCCCCACCACGCCUGGACUGUGCUCGCCCGGUGGGUGGCCGCGCCGCGUGACGCAGCGUGACGUGACU